AUGGGGAGAGACAUUGCCCUUCCUCAUUUUGAGAGCUUCUUUCACAUCCUCCCCAUCAUGUCGCAACAACAAGAGCCGCCUCCCCAGGCUGUUGACGGCUUCAGCCGUCUUCCGAUGGAAAUGAACGUCCAAAUCAUGAUGUUGCUCAAUCCACAACAGCUGUUAUCUCUCAUUUCAGCUUCGCCAGCAGUAAGGCGGCAUUUUCUUGGGGAUCAUCGCGCGUCUAUCAUGAAGCCCCACCUUACAAUCAUCUACAAAUACUACGGCCAUCCAGCGAAUAUCCCUCUGAUCGUCUUUCUGACUCGUGUUCGGGCUUUGAGAGCCAGAUUGAAGGGGAGGCCUAGAUCAGAGAUCGAAAAUGCUCUUCACCCUAUCCUCACCUCAGUCCUUUCCCACGACAUCAUGAGCAUGCCACCUGAAUGGGAGUUUAACCUACAUAUCGUCGCAGCUGCGAAAGGUCUGAUACCAGAGAUAUGUCAUGUAUUCAAUAAAUGGUGGAAAAAGUGGUGGACGGGACCAAAAAUUGGCAAGACCCCGCCACAGCACAUAUGGAUAUUUGUCGAAUGCUUUCUGCGGUUUGAGUGUUUUUGUAACAUCUCCUAUGUGCCAGAUGGCUUCCUUUUCCAAGAUAUGUUGGACUUUAAACAUAUCUUCUUACAUAGAUUCCAGACGGAUAGCGCUUUUAGCCCGAGCGACCUGCGUCCUUGGGGUUGGGAUCAAGAUUGCGAGAAAAGGCCCUGGGAAGACAUGCAUUACAUCUUUGAUGCACCGGCCCACUAUAAAAAGAAGUAUCUAGAUCUAAUUAGGUCUGUACGACGACUUCUUCCCUCGGGAUCGUCUACAGCUAUAGAGCCUGGCAACGAGACACCGGAGACAGCAACUGAAUCUGAAAUAGCGGACUUCCUUGGAAGGACACAUCGCGAAAAUGAGCUUUUCUGCUAUCGUCUUAGUGUACAGGGAAAUAACCUUCUGGCACAUCUCUGGAGCCUCAAACCUCAAGCGCGAAGCUGCGCUAUCGUCAAAGAAUUCUCCAACUUUCUCGCCUCUGACCCUUUUCGCGACUCAAUCUACCCACACAACCUAGAGGAAAUGAAAUCUAUCCACAAAACCUGGCAGUUUGCGAGAUAUCGCCUAUGGGAAGAAGAAUAA